AUGCCAUUGAGUGGAGGGGGUGGCAGUACUACUGUUGUUGUGACGCACCCACGACGACGAAAGCGGAAGAAGAACAAGAAGAAGCGGCUGCCAAAGCGCAGCAAGGUGUUCUGCGAGCGAAAGUGGCUGUACCCAAAGGACCUCGCACAGCAGCUGCCGACAGACUCGGACGGUUACGUGCACGAGCUCACCGUCGUCGAUGGCAAGGCAAAGGAGAUGGACGUCGGCAGCCGCCCCAAGAACAUGAUCGUCGUGAAAACCGCAGACGGAACCCAGCUCUACGUCGUGCCGUGCCACGUGAAGACAGUCGCAUCCACGCGCAAGAAGAAAGGCAGCAGGUGCAAACCGAGCCGCCCUUCAAGCUCGACAUCCACACAGACCGCACUCGCAGCCAUCGCCAACAACGACCACGACGACGACCACCACCCUCACCACCGCCACCACGUUCCAAUGGACGCUGACGGGUUCAUCACAACAACUGCAACAGCAACAUCGCGCGUGCCACAGGCCAGAGCAGCCAUGCACGACGACUAUGACAGCGAGGCAACCGACAGCGAAGCCGACUCCGCCGACGACGAUUCAGAGGCAGACUCCGAGGCCGAGGCCCUGCCAAGCACAGGCACCAGCACAGGCACCAGCACAGGCACCAGCACAGGCACCAGCACAGACACCAGCACGGGUAGCAGUCGACGCGCUCAUCUGCGGACACGCGGUGUGUCUUCUCAUUCCACCUCUCCUCUUUCAAGUUCGGCCUCUUCCUCCUUGCCGUCCUCGUCCUCCUCGUCGCGUGCAUCCAACCGUGAUGCCGAUGUGGCACCGCUGCCAAUCACCGCCACGACCCGCCAGCCCCUCGACCCCUCGCCGCACUCCUUCUCUGCCGUGAUACCAGCACCAGCACCAGCACCAGCACCAGUACCGCGUAUUGUGGCGGCUGAACAGCCGUUGAGGGAGUUGGAUGUGUUCCUGCGCUUCCUUCCCGUCACAUUUCUACAAGCAUCGGUGGUGCCGGCAACCCAAGGCGAGCUCGACAAGAAGAACGCCUCAGCACUGCCGCUCACCUUGGUUGAGCUUCUGCAGUACGUCGGCCUCGGGUUUGUGGUCGCAUGUGGCAGCUUGACGGCGGAGGAGAGAUUCGCAACGCCGCCCAACACGCACGCGGACGAUCCAACGGCCAUGGCGCCGUCCCAGUGCCUGGCUCGAUUCAUGACGUGGCGCCGAUUCGUGGACAUCAGCAACAACCUUCGCAUUACCGUAUUGAACAGCCCAUCGCACCAACACCGUCGCAGCAGAAGCACCAGCACCGGCAGUAGUGGUAGCAGGGACACAAACGGCUUCACCAAAGGUGUGGGCGAGCUGUGGAAGGAGUGGAAUGCCAACAUGCAGCGCACUGGGGCUGGCACCCGUGCCGAACACACGACCACCACGCUUCCCGCGGUUGUUGAACCGUUCUGCACGCUCGACAGCCAUCGCCUCGCCGCCGCCAUCCCCAACCGCAAGACCCGGCACGUGUGCCAAGUCUGCACGAGGAGUGGCCUUGUGACACGCAUGGAUGUGUUUCCGGCCCGCAACGGGCGAUCAGAUGUCGCCUUCUUCCCCAUUGAGGACGCCAGCCUGUACUUUCGCGGCCGCCUGUCUCUGGCUGACCACGACUUCCUCUCUCGCAGUGUCGACCCUUUUGAAGACAAGUGGGGCUCCAAGCACCCGUCGCUGGUGCAGUUUGUGUUUCUCAUCACCGUCACCGCCGUCAAUGCGUUUCUUGAGCACGGGCGACAAACCAACCACCACAGCCACGACUUGCACCACCACCUGCACCAGCACCACCAGCACCACCAGCAGCAACGGCAACGGCAACAGCAGGAAGGCGGCAGGAAGCAUGAGCGGCUGCACAGUUUCAUGCGAGCACUUGCAAAUCAGCUGAUUCGAAUCAGGGCGGCCGACAUUGAGGCCAACACCACAAGCAAGGGGACCACCUCGAGCAGCAGCAGCAGCAGCCGUCGAAGCAGGAAUGGUAGUGGCAGAAAUGGCGAGACAAGCGGCAGUGGCAGUAGAAGCAGCAGCAGAGGCAGCAGAAGCGGUGGCGAGUGGGGUGGUGCCAGAAGUGGCGGUGGUGGCCGCGAUGUAAGCAGACGCAGCACCAGCGCCAGCACCAGCACCAGUAGUAGUUGGAGCGGGAGUCACCGAAGCGAGAGGGCGAGUGUGAGUUACCACGCGCACAGCGGCCAUGAAAGUGCCAAGCGGACGGCGCAAGAGGCAACCUCAUACCACCGAUCACACCAUGGCAUGUCCGCCCUAUCAUCGUCGUCAUAUGGGAUGAUGGCGCCGAAACGCCCUCGAGGACGAUGGUGA